AUGGCGCCCGGAAACGCCAUAACGCAGGGGUAUGGGGAGUUUCAAUGCCAACCUUGCGGAGUGUUCUUCCCUACCUUGGAGGCAAUGUUGAAACACAAGGCAGAGAAACGCGCAAAUGAUCAGUACGGACAUGUUCAUUGCCGAUUUUGUGGGAUAGAUUUUGUUACCGAGGAAGGAGAGAAACUCCAUAUCCAAGAGGUUUGUGAGCACUCCCAUCGAACAAUUAAAAUCCAGUCCAAUCUAACCAGCAUUCAGUAUCAUCCUCAUAAGCAGAAUCUCCAGUGCCCUGGGUGCGAUCAAGGACCUUUCACCCGCCUCGCUCAGCUUGUUGAGCACAUUGAGAAAGGACAUUGUCCAAGACUCUCCGCCGAUACUCUGGACGAUGUCCGAGCAAAGAAGAUGGAUUUUGCCAAAAAGCUGGUGGCACUAACGAACGAGCCUCUGAAGCAUGAUUUCUCCAGCUACCUUCAAGGCAAGGCUGAGAUGUUAGGUCAGCCAAAGAUAACAAGAGAAUCUGAACCCGCCAAACCCGAGCCAGCCAAACCUUUCGUGACGAAGGCCGAGGAGUGGCCUCGCCUCUCAGAAGCAGUUUUUCAAAGAAUGGGCAAGGCUUCAAAGACUCUGUCCAAGGAUAAACAAGCCCUAUCUUUGGAAACGAAGAAUGCUGGAAUCCCAGUCGCAGUUCCUUCAAGCCGCGAAAAGAGUAAUCUAGAUGAAUCUUCCAAGGCAAAGACCUCACAAUCAGAGAAGAGUGUUUCAGCAACAACAGAUCCAGAGUCCGCGUUCAUGUCGACUUGGAAUCUACUACCAACCCCCCUAAAUCAAACAGCACAGCCAAACCAACCAAGCACGAAUAAGAAGAAAUCGAAUAAAACCCCCGAUGAGAAUGUCAACAACAAGACCAAGGCCGUGGCAGACGCAUGGUCCGAGAAAAAGAAUCUAUUCCCCGAUGCAUGGGCUCCCCAAAGACCAAGUCCUCGGCAACAUGAGCGGGCUACAGCACCAAAUGGACGGACAGUGUACGAUGCAAUGGAUCCAGAUCACCCAAGCCAUCCUCACUUCGAUGCUUCCAGGUACUAUUCUGAAUUUGUUGGGAGAUACACGUGCCCCAAAAUCGAAUGCUCGAAAUGCUUCAAGAAUGCCAGGGCACUCACCGCACAUCUGCUUUCCGUUCAUGGAAAUAUAUCUUACAACUGUCCCAACUGUCUCAAGAAGUUCUAUUCCUUAACAGCUUUGACGGCACAUGCAGAAUCCAGUAGCCAGCGCUGCAACAUUCGCGAGGCAGACGCAUUUAGGGCUUAUGUAGAUCAACUCACCGCUGGAUUAGUCGAUGUAUCCCUUGAACGAUACGAGGACGGUACAAACCAAUACGUGACGGCAGAGUCAGCGAAGGAGAAAUUCGGGCCCAAGAAAGGUCCAGAUGGGAAGAAGCACGUUCCAGGGUGGGACUGA